AGGAGUUGGCAGGGCUUAGUUCAGUCUUCCCCACAACAGAAGAUUUCCUCGGUUUCUCUAUCGUUCUCUCUCCCAGCGAGGCAAAGCGCUCCUUCAAGGAAGCCUUCCUGGCCCAGAAUCGCACGCCCCAGAGAAGCCUUGCACCUUCCACUCCCCCGUCUCACAGCCUUUCCCAAGAACGUUGGAAGAGCCACCCAAGAGGGCUGAGUCACCAGAGCCCACCCACUUCCCAAGGCAGGCAGAGAAAGGCUGGAUCUCGGGACAGGCUCUUCCAAAUGGACAACAAAGAGAUGUUCCGGCAGGAAUUAGUGGAUGUCCAUGGAGUGCCCCUCUUUUGGACCAUCGCAGAAGAAUGGUCCCAGGUGGAAGGAUUUGAGGCCCGACCGGACGACCUUCUCAUCUCCACUUAUCCCAAAUCUGGUACCACUUGGGUCAGUGAAAUCUUGGAUCUGAUUUAUAACAAUGGGGAUGCUGAGAAAUGUAAACGGGAUGCCAUAUUCAAUCGUGUGCCUUUCAUGGAACUGAUCAUGCCCGGAUACACAAAUGGCAUCAAGCAGCUGGAGGCCAUGAAGUCCCCCCGACUGGUAAAGACCCACCUGCCUGUGGAGCUCCUUCCGACAUCUCUGUGGAAGAAUGACUGUAAGAUGAUCUAUGUGGCACGCAAUGCUAAAGAUGUGGCUGUCUCCUACUAUUAUUUCUACAAGAUGGCCAAGAUGCACCCAGAACCUGGUACCUGGGAAGAGUUUCUGGAGAAGUUCAUGGCUGGAAAGGUGAGUUUUGGGUCCUGGUAUGACCACGUGAAGGGCUGGUGGGAGAAGAAGAAGGACUACCGUAUCCUCUAUCUCUUCUAUGAAGAUAUGAAGGAGGACCCAAAACGUGAACUACUAAAAAUACUGAAAUUCCUGGAAAAGGAUUUGCCGGAAGAGAUUGUGAAUAAAAUCCUCCAUCACACCUCCUUCAAGAUCAUGAAACAAAACCCAACAGCCAAUUAUACCAUGAUGACAGAAAAAGAAAUGGACCACAAUGUGUCUCCCUUUAUGAGAAAGGGCGUUUCAGGUGACUGGAAGAAUCAGUUCACUGUGGCCCAGAAUGACAUAUUCGAAAAACAUUAUGCAAAGCAAAUGGAAGGAACUACACUGAAGUUUCGAACAGAGAUCUGAGGAAUUUCUCCCUCCCUGCGCACAGCUGAGAUGCUUUGCAGGGGAAAAACAUGGAUCAGAUACCUACUGAAAAUUCCUAUAGGCUACAAGUGACUAUAGUUGCCUCGCUUGGUCAUUAGUGAUAGACGUAAAUACGUAUGAUGCAGCAAGAAGUCCUAAGCCUUUCUAUCCAGCCAGGUUGUACCCAAUUUCCUGAUAAAUUGUCUGCUCAAGUGUUUGAAUUGUCUGAAAGAAUUAAAUCAUUAAAUGAGUCACAAGAAUUUAAAA